AUGGCGUACCAACCCAGGGCCCGGAAGAGGAUCCGUGCCCUCUGCCGUGGCCCCGACGGCAGUGCCUUCCGGAGAUGCGAAAGUUGCGGGCUUUCUGUGCCGAUUGCUUUGAUUGAUAUGCAUGUGUGUGAAAUCGAGAAAAAUGCGAGGAAGAAAGCUAAAAGCAGCUGUGUGAGUGAGAAAGUUGAGGAGCAGAGGUUUGAGGACCAGCCCAGAUCGGCUUUUCGAUUUUUCAUGGAAGAACUUAUGAAGACAUGCAAAGGUGAAAGCCGAUUUGAGAUAGAAAAGAAAGGAUUUGUGGAUUGGAAAACCAUGUCAAAAGAGGAAAGGUUACCUUUUUGUCUUAAAGCAGAUAAAGUAAACUCGGCUUAUGAGAGGCUGCUGCAAAAGGAGGAAGAUGAGAUUCAAUUGGUGGAUGAUGGAGCAGAUUCAGCUGAAGUUGGCAAAUAUGACGAGGAUUAUGUGAACCAUGAAUUUUAUUCUGAUUCUGAAGGCUCUGAUGAGCUUCAAUUUUCUCAUUCCGGUACUCACUGGAGCUUCUGCUCUGAAGAUUCGUUUGUCGGUUUCGAGCAUUGCUUUGAUCGAACAUGA